AGUAGUAAAUCAAAGUCAGCUGCCGCACUGCAAUUUGGGUUUAUCUUUAUUUCCUGUGUUUCUUUUUUCCUAUCGGAUUCGAAAAGCUUGGUGAAGGUUCGACAUAGUCGACACUAGAUCGCUCAGUUGCAAUUCAGAUAGAAAUAGCCGAACGAGAACAACUAAGAAAUGGAAACACAGCAAGAGCGUGCACGGCGCUGCGGCUGCGGUCUCCGGUUUUCCGGCCUACCACCCGCUGUCGCAUUCUACUUCCUGAUCCCUUUUCUCUUGGCAGCCUCUGUGACAUAUGGGAGCCGGGUGUCUGUGUCUGAAGAUGGGGCGCGCGGUUCUUCGGACGCUGUGCGUCAUUGCAGUGAGGUUCCGCAAGGUAGCAGUUAUGGACGUUGUGGCCAGACCCGCGCUACAACAUCCAUAGGAACAGGAGACGAGAUCACCACGACAAGCAAAGGCACAGGGCGCGAAAAUCGCGGGCUUCUUUUAGCUGCCAGUCGAGCCCAGGGAAAAUACGGCGAAGAGAGGGUCAGUCGAACUACGCGCACUGUAGCCAAGGGAUCUUCUGAAAAAGGUGAAGGCGAUGGUGAUCAUCUUUCGGGAGAACUGGUGCCGAUCGCUAGUAAAAGACGCCUCGAGACCCGGUUCCGAAGACGCUGCAAGUCGACGGGUAGCUCUGCCUCAUCUUCGGCUGCACUGCUAGAACAAGUAGAACUUGAACCAGAAACAGAAAUCCACGACGAGCAGCUGCGAUGGGCGGGCCCACUGAUCGAAACCUCACCUAUUGACGUCGAUUGCGAUUCGCAAAGCAAGGAGCUCGGUGCAGCCUCGAGAACAACAGACGACGUGUCCAUUAUAUCCCCAAACCGGAGCCGCUCCUGUAGUUCGGAUCAAACGUCGUCGCGAGACCACGCCGGCGCUCCUCGAUCCAGUUUCAUCUCGACGCUUACAUACCCCGUGUUGCGAGAAUUUAAGGAGGUUCGCUUACAGGUGCUCGAUGACUCAAAGCAGCCGGCUUGCAAAGUGGACAAGAGGACGCGAGAGGAAGCCCCUUUGGUAGUUCGGGUCGACCUGGUGCAAACAGUGGAGUAUCCUGCAAGAAGUAGAACGGCGCAUGUUGAUCCUGCAGGUGCUGGCUCGCGUACAGAUUCUCAAACCACGCCUCCUGACUCUGGCACGCCGCGUAUCCACGAACUGAAGGAGGUGAAGUGUAGUGCGAAUUUCACCCGCUAUGGCAAAUCCCACAUUCACGACCCGGAAGUGCAGACGCUGUUAUCACCCUAGACAUAAUGUAGACCGCUGUAAGUUAUUGUAUUAAGGACCCACUUCCGCCACUAAUUGAAAUUGUAAUUUGUAACUGUAGGGAGGAGGAAGACAUUCACUUGAAGAAUUUUCAUCAGAUUUUUAUACUGUUGCAGAUUCUCAGACUCCUGCAAGCAACCGAAUUCGAAUCUCGACUUUACAUUGGCAUUGCUGUGAAAUUAUGAUCAUUUCCCGCCUGCCAGUGCUAUUGCUAUGGUGACUAUGCUCUUUGGUUGAUAACAGUUGACUGCGAAUCAGAAAGAAGGCUACCCUUUGUAUCAUAGUGCGAAAGUGGCUGGGGCGUUCAUCUACUUGUAAUUUCAAACGGCACUCAGAUUCUGUGUUACUGUUGCAGCAAAACUUGCACGUCGUCGUGCGACAUUUUAUUUUGAGAUUCUCGUUUUUUAUGAUCAUCCACCCCCUCGACCAUGACUUUCCUCUUCCAUACUCUGUUGGAGCGAAAUGGCGCACUAAUUCUGGUACCGAAGAACGCGCCGAAGUCCGUUGAGGGAAAGAAAAGUUCCCAGAAGCUGGCAGAGUGCUUGCAAUCGAUACAAGUACCGCCGAUAAAAAUUUCGGUCAUCAAGAUUCCGCCACCGACGUGGUCUCGCGAACUGUAUACGGCGAAAAUGAAGACAAACCAGGACGACACGCCACGUGGCAUGGAAGUGCGUACAGACAGGAUUGCAAGAACGGAAGGACAAGGAUUGCUACACCAGUAUGGAAGUGUCAGGUUUGAAAUCGACAAAGUUGAAACGAUUUGCCAUGCAUAACAUGCAAGGCAUGAGGUGCCUGCCUUGCCGGGAUAGCAAGUGAGGCCGAUUGUGAGCCUGUUUAGGGUUUGAAAUAGAGCUUCUGAACUCGCAUGACAAAAGCAGUCUUCUGUGCCCAAACAGCAUGACAAACUGGAUUCCGGCGCUCGGAAAAUUUGUCAUGCGCCGCUUGAUAAGUGGGCUUCCGACUGGUAUCUGUUUUAUGCAUGGCAAACUACUUCAACUACUUUGACGAUUUCAAACCUGACACAUCCAUAACCAGCAGAGCUAUGAUACGGACGGAGAUACAACUCCUGGCGCUUGUUCGUCACAAGAUGUGGAUCAUCCGGAGGAUUUCUCUUUGCCGUCUGUUUUUGAACUGGACGAGCUAGAGGACUGGGAAGUACAACAUGGUGAUGAUUUCGAUUGUGCUGACGAUCAUCUGAUGACUGAUGAGCCUGCUGUUGCUGUAUCGCGGCAAAACCCGCCGAAGCCUGCGCGCGGUGAAGAUCAUCAAGGACGUCGAGAACAACUACAUGCGUCGUCAUUGCUAACGGCUUCUGGAAUAAAAACUCGAUCGGCUUCGGCACCUGGGACCACUGGUCCUGCCUUGCCAAAGACGCGAUCAGUAGACGCGGAAAGGAAGCCAAAAACCGGCAGCCGACGUGGCCCCCAAGCUGUGUUGAGUCCUCGUGACCCCGGGUUAAUAGCAGAAGAAGUGGAAAGAGCUGCACAAGAUGACGAUCGAGCGAUAGAAAACGACCUGUCGCUUCGUUUGCAACAAAUGCGACUUUCAGGAGGAGAAACUGAUGCGACGAAAAAUCUUCAAGCUGAAGCUCGCGGAAGAAAAGGAGCCAGCACAGCUGCCAGCCCUAACGCGGUUCUACUUCGAGGAAGGGCCGCUGCAGCCUCACAGAGAACAAGUGCGGGCUCAGGAGGUAUUUCUCCUAUGAAUACAGCAGGACCAGCCUGGUCCACGUGUAUACUGAGCUAACGACAAAGAGGACAACCUGGAAGAUGUUGUACAUCACAAAGGCACUACCACUACCACGCCCCCGCUUUUGUCUGAUCGUCUAUUGGACGUUGCAUGUCUAUGCAUCCCACGAUCGAUGAGCACCAGUGCACGAACUACAGAAGAAGUUUUCAGUUUUCUGCACUGGACGGUGAUAGUUGUCCCCGCGACGACGAGGACCAAACUGCAGAAGAACAGGAGCGAAGAACAAAAAGAUUCUCGUCAGCAUUGUUCUCUUUCAUUUUCAAGCAUAAAGUGUAAGUUUAACGCAUCAUAAAUAUCGUGC